UUUAAUAUUUUAAAAUACAUUUUGCUUUUGUGCUAGCUGACGCUUAGACAGUUUUAUGUAAAGAACAGAACGAUUUUACACGUAUCUCUUUGAUCAAGACUAUUCUUUUCAUAAUAUUCUGAGUGAUAUAAUCGACGUAAAUGUGAAUGGAAUUAAAACACGUAUGCCAUAAGACAAAUAUUGUGGGUUUGUAUUGUUGUCUACGGUGGUUGCGUUAUUAUUAUUCUUGAAAUUCAGACAAAUGAAUAUAGAUGAUUUGGUUAGAAAUCCUGAAUACAGGAAUUUUGUCUGUUGUUACCAUGGAUUUGCAUUUUGUGGGAAUAAACUGGAACCAUACACAAGGAAUGGUCUUCAGAAAGUUCACCGAACUGUAUACUGCAAGCUUGCAGGUAAUCAAGCUUGUCAUCAGAGAUGCAGCGAAAUUUUCGGUAAACAACUGUCUAGGUGGUGCGAGACCUGUAAAAAAUGGCGUCAAUAUUUGAGCACUGAGAGUAAAAUGCAGAAUGUUUGUUGGGAAAAGAUGAUGUCGUGGAAGUGGCCGUUAGCAUAUGAAAGUAUUGCGGGAGUUUUCAUUCCAGCGUCCUGGGCAAAAACAGAUCUGAAAGAUAUUGCCACGUUGUGUCAUAUAUGGGAAAACUGCAAAAAUGAAUUCAUGAUUCGUCCAUUUGUCAUUUCCAAUCUAAGAGAUUGUAGAAAUAAAUUUGUCGCUCACAAUCCAAAACUGUCUGUCAAUGAAGUAGAGAAAUCGAGGGUAUUUGAUGCUUUGAAGGAUUUGCUGAAAGUUCCAGAUGUUCAGUUACAUAUCAAUGCUCAAGAAUGUCUUUCCGAACUUGCAAAAAUUGAAAAUGGAGACACACUAUCAGCAUCUCUUACAAACAUAUUCACCUCGUUAAGAGAAAAUAAUGAUGCCGUUGAAAACUUACAACACACCAUUAAUAGGGUAGUGUUGUCACAAAAUGAUGUAAAAAAUACAGCGGAAUCAGGCCAAGAGCAACAAGUCAGUGCCAGUGAAAAGCUUGGAAAUAUACACGAUAUGCAAUAUGAAUGUAGCGAAACACUUGAUGGUUUGCGAAAUGAUAGUGAGACUGUAAAGGAAUCUUUAAAUGUGUUAGGCGAAACACAAAACCGAAUUGCAUCGAGUAUCAGUGACUUACAAGACAGACAAACUGAGGCGAAUGAUAAACUGCAGGAUUAUCACAACAUGGUGAUAAAAUUAUUAAUGAAGCGACAACAAUCGAAAAUGAAGGAGACAUUUGUGAAGAAAGACUGUUUAUCAGCAGUUCUAGUAGCAGUCAUUUCAGUACUAUGUUGCUACGGUAACAUUCACAAACACAACUAUGUGGAAAAAAGCUUGAUCACAUCAGAUUGUAUAUCAGAAAAUUAUAAGUAUCCAUUUGAGCAGGAUAUGCCACUUCUUGGAUAUUUUCAUGAUCAUGAAAAAAUUGUAGGAAGAGAAUGGUUGUUCGAGACCUCUGAAUUGAGGUUAAUGACACCGCACACAAACUCAAAGGGAAUAGCACUGAUUGCGGAAAUGGGUUAUGGGAAAUCCGCUUUCGUUUCUCAUUUACUCUGUUCGAGGGAAGGAGAAAAAGGAUAUGGAAUAAAAUCGCAUGUAGUGGCAUUUCACAUUUGCAAGUUUGAUGUAGCGAGUACUAAAAGUCCAGGGCGAUUUAUUCGGCGGUUACUUGGAUUUUUAGCUCGGGAAAUUGAGGAGUAUGGAAAUAUUAUUUCUGGGUUGUCCGAUUAUAACAUUAUUUACAACAUAGAAACUUGCGAUAAUGACCCAAUUGCUUGCUUCGACCAGGGAAUUAUCUUUCCAUUAAAACAGCUUUCACCUGUAUAUAACAUUUCACGGAUAUUCAUCAUAGAAGCCCUUGAUGAAUGUUAUUUGAAAUCUUCGAGCAAAAAUCCAAUUUUGGAGUUAUUGUCAAGCCGAAUAAGGGAGUUACCUGUUUGGUUCAAAGUUUUUGUAACGUCAAGAAACAUGACAGAUCUUCACUCAGUAUCACAUUUAGAGCAUAUUCAUUUGCAAACAAAUGAUCCUAGGAAUAUUGAAGACUUACGAGAGUAUAUAAAAACAAAAUGGUUGCACUUAAGUUUUUAUAUACAUGACAAAGAACUUGAAGAACUACUGAAGCAAAGCGAAGGAAAUUUUUUGUUUGUUAUUCACGCCAUUCAAUAUAUGGUUGCCUCUGGAAACAAGAGUUUUGUGCUGUUACCUUCAACGCUCGAAGAUGUAUACGAAUUAAAUUUUGACAGACAGUUUGGUGACAUGUAUUCGUUUCAAAUUCCGAAAAUGAUAUUUGAAGUUGUUUGUGCAACAACUCAUACUUUUAAAUGGGAAGAGGUACUAGAUGUCUUGAAAGUAAAUAAUGUAACCAUUUCGGUACAGUUUAAUAGCCAAAUGGACAGAAUGUCAUUCUUUCUUCGAAUGGACAGUACUGUAACUAUAAUUCAUCAAUCUUUAUAUCAAUGGUUAGUCAAUGCACGAAACAAAAAAUACAAGAUUUCGUUAACGGCCGGACAUGCAUAUAUAUCACGCUAUUUGUUUCAUAACGUUGUAAAAAAUAAUGAUACGGACUUAGCAGAUUUAUCUAUCCAUGUGAGCGAAGCUUCCGAUAAUAAUUUGACCAAACAAUUCCUGGAAUUAAAGAUUUUCAGUUUUAAUAUAACAAAUUUGAAUGAAUCGUUACAUAACGUGAUAUAUAAAACGUCAGCAGUUAACCCUCUUCAAUUACUAAUCAGUCUUAACCUGGACGUUAACGAAGUAAAAGAUGAUGAAACUACCCCAGCGUAUGUAGCUGCAGCAAGAGGAAAUAUGGACCAGCUUGACCUACUGCAGGAAAAGGGUGCAGACAUUAGUUUUGUAAAGGAAGGGGAUAUUGUUGUUGAUUCUUACGAUAUAUUGAAUAAAAUAGAUGCUAUAAAACAAGGUUUUUUCUAUGGUUAUGGACUUAUACACGUUGCGUCUAGAAAUGGACAUGUAAACGUAGUCCGUAAACUUCUUGAAUACAGUAAAGAGAUGAGAGAUUGGAAAACUUCCUUAGGACAGCGUGCAAGUGAUAUUGCUUGUGAAGCCGGUAACCUAUAUGUGGUAGAUCUACUAAAUAUUACCGAGUGGACCAAUGAAAUGCUUUUAGACUGCAUAUACUAUGCCUCUAAGCUCGGUAAUGCAGAUAUAAUUCAGUAUCUGAUCACACGUAAAGCACAAAUACCCCUAACUUGCAUUUCUGAUACACAGUCUAGUGGUGCCAUAAAGCAGAUACAAACAGAUGACUUCGCUCACUUGAAAUUAACACGCAAUUUUCAUACAGAAAGAUAUCCUAACUAUCACACAGUAUAUCCCCUUGAUAUAUGGUGGGUAGUAGCAAAAGAAACACCUAUUCAUGCUGCUAUUAGAGCUGGCUCAGUAAAAGCAGCUUCACUUUUAAUAAAACAUUUUCCAGGUUUAUUGAACUGUUCUGAUUCGUUUGGGUAUACACCAUCAUUAUUGAGUGUAAUGAAAAAUCAAUACACUUUAUUGCCUUUACUAAAACAUCAUAUGUUUACUGACAGAUGCGGGAAAAUACCGCAUCACAUCCAAUCAUGCGUCAGAAACAGUAGAAUGUACAUGCGGAACAAUAUAAAUGUACCUUGUUUAGUCCAGGAGAGUCUGAAAGACAUAGAAGAAUCAUUGUGUCCUACCGGUGCUUCGUUUGCUCAUUUUGUAGCAAUAUACAAUAGAAAGGAUUUUCUAAGAUUCGGUUUGCAAGAAAAUGUCACUGUCCACUGGAACAUAGCAGAUGACGAAGGAAACUACCCUAUCCAUUACGCUGCAAGAUAUACGAAUGUUGAUUUCAUCACUAUGGUAUCAGCAAAAUUUAAGUUUAACUUAAGUACUAUCAAAUGUAGAAACGGAUCCACUGCUUAUCAUAUUGCUGCAAUAACUCCAUCUUUUAUAAGUUUAUCUGCACUGACAAAUAUAUUCAAAGACGUUAUUCCAGAUGUGAAGGAUGAAUAUCAGAUGGGAAUUUUGCAUCAUUCGGUUUUAUUCGCUCAAAAAUUUUAA